AUGUCUGCGCCUCAGCUCUUGACUGUGAGCCUGGAAGCCCCAGCCAGUGCCCAGUGUCACACUGUAGCCCCAGCCAGUGCCCAGUGUCGCACUGUAGCCCCAGCCAGUGCCCAGUGUCACACUGUAGCCCCAGCCAGUGCCCAGUGUCGCAUUGCAGCCCCAGCCAGUGCUCAGUGUCACACUGUAGCCCCAGCCAGUGCCCAGUGUCGCGCUGCAGCCCUAGCCAGUGCCCAGUGUCGCACUGUAGCCCCAGCCAGUGCCCAGUGUCGCACUGUAGCCCCAGCCAGUGCCCAGUGUCGCACUGUAGCCCCAGCCAGUGCCCAGUGUCGCGCUGCAGCCCUAGCCAGUGCCCAGUGUCGCACUGUAGCCCCAGCCAGUGCCCAGUGUCGCACUGUAGCCCCAGCCAGUGCCCAGUGUCGCAUUGCAGCCCUAGCCAGUGCCCAGUGUCGCACUGUAGCCCCAGCCAGUGCCCAGUGUCGCGCUGCAGCCCUAGCCAGUGCUCAGUGUCACACUGUAGUUCCAGCCAGUGCCCAGUGCUACACUGCAGCCCUAGCCAGUGCCCAGUGUCACACUGUAGCCCCAGCCAGUGCCCAGUGUCACACUGUAGUUCCAGCCAGUGCCCAGUGCUACACUGCAGCCCUAGCCAGUGCCCAGUGUCGCACUGUAGCCCCAGCCAGUGCCCAGUGUCGCACUGUAGCCCCAGCCAGUGCCCAGUGUCGCACUGUAGCCCCAGCCAGUGCCCAGUGUCUGCGCUGCAGCCCUAGCCAGUGCCCAGUGUCGCACUGUAGCCCCAGCCAGUGCCCAGUGUCGCAUUGCAGCCCUAGCCAGUGCCCAGUGUCGCACUGUAGCCCCAGCCAGUGCCCAGUGUCACGCUGCAGCCCUAGCCAGUGCUCAGUGUCACACUGUAGUUCCAGCCAGUGCCCAGUGCUACACUGCAGCCCCAGCCAGUGCCCAGUGUCACACUGUAGCCCCAGCCAGUGCCCAGUGCUGCACUGCAAUCCCAUAACAAAGGCAGAAAAGUGA